AUGCUCAAGUCCCGGGAGACAUUUUGGGAUACGGAGAAGGGGGCUGGAGCCGACAAGGCUCACAAGCGGGCCCGGAGAUCCGCACCUCUGUCCACUAAACCCUGCCUCCGCCUGGGCCCCAGACACCAGGGCUCCUUCCCUAGAGGCCUGCUUCUCGGAGACACAGACAAGGGUCACCCGAACCGCAUCGCUAAGAGCAAGGACGCUCACGUGUGUGGUCGAUGCUGUGCCGAGUUCUUUGAGUUAUCAGACCUUCUGCUCCACAAGAAGAACUGUACUAAAAAUCAAUUAGUUUUAAUCGUCAAUGAAAGUCCGGCCUCCCCACCUGACACCUUCUCCCCCAGCCCCCCUCCCGAUAACCCGGGGGAACAAGUGAAUGCCCCAGCGAACAAAGCAGAGCAAGAGGACAGCGGCGACCUUUCAGAACACAACGGACUUGACGCGGAAGAGCCCAUGGACGCGGAGGCCCCUGCGGCCCCCAAAGGCGGCGGCGGCGGCGGCGGCGGCGGCAGCAUCCUGGGCAGGAGCCACGGUGGGGCCGCCCCCGGCUGCGGCGGCAGCGCCUCCGCAGGUACCUCAGCGAUCACAACCUCUCUACCUCAACUCGGGGACCUGACGACACUGGGCAGCUUCUCCGUGAUCAACAGUAACGUCAUCAUCGAGAACCUCCAGAGCACCAAGGUGGCGGUGGCCCAGUUCUCCCAGGAAGCGAGGUGCGGCGGGGCUUCGGGGGGCAAGCUGGCGGUCCCCGCUCUCAUGGAGCAGCUCUUAGCUCUGCAGCAACAGCAGAUCCACCAGCUGCAACUGAUCGAACAGAUUCGUCACCAAAUAUUGCUGUUGGCUUCUCAGAACGCAGACUUGCCAACCUCUUCUAGUCCUUCUCAAGGUACUUUACGAACAUCUGCCAACCCCUUGUCUACACUAAGUUCCCAUUUAUCUCAGCAGCUGGCAGCAGCAGCUGGAUUAGCACAGAGCCUCGCUAGCCAAUCUGCCAGCAUCAGCGGUGUGAAACAGCUCCCCCCCGUCCAGCUACCUCAGAGCAGUUCUGGCAAUACCAUCCUUCCACCCAGCAGCGGCUCUUCCCCCACUGUUAACAUCCUGGCAGCAGCGGUUACCACACCCCCCUCAGAAAAAGUGGCUUCGAGCGCUGGUGCCCCCCAAGCCAGCAACCCAGCAGUCUCGGCAUCACCCUCACCAGCUUUUGCAAUAAGCAGUUUGUUAAGUCCUGCGUCUAAUCCACUUCUACCUCAGCCGGCCCCUGCUAACUCGGUGUUCCCCAGCCCUUUGCCCAACCUUGGAACAACUGCAGAGGAUUUAAACUCCUUGUCUGCCUUGGCCCAGCAAAGAAAAAGCAAGCCACCAAAUGUCACGGCCUUCGAAGCGAAAAGCGCGUCCGACGAGGCGUUCUUCAAACACAAGUGCAGGUUCUGCGCGAAGGUCUUCGGGAGCGACAGUGCCUUGCAGAUCCACCUGCGCUCCCACACGGGAGAGAGGCCGUUCAAGUGCAACAUCUGCGGGAACCGGUUCUCCACCAAGGGGAACCUCAAAGUCCACUUUCAGCGCCACAAAGAGAAGUACCCACAUAUCCAGAUGAACCCCUACCCCGUGCCUGAGCACCUGGACAAUAUCCCCACCAGCACCGGCAUCCCCUACGGCAUGUCAAUCCCUCCGGAAAAGCCUGUCACCAGCUGGCUUGACACCAAACCGGUCCUGCCCACCCUCACCACCUCAGUCGGCCUGCCGCUGCCCCCCACCCUGCCGGGCCUCGCGCCCUUCAUCAAGACGGAAGAGCCAGCCCCCAUCCCCAUCAGCCAUUCUGCCGCCAGCCCCCCGGGCUCCGUCAAAAGCGACUCGGGGGCCCCCGAGCCGAGCACCAGAAGCCAGGGGGGGCUCCCCGAAGAGGGCGAGGGGCCCACCGCUCCCCCCGCCGGUGGCAAGAGCGAGGAGAGCGGCGCGGUCACCGGCCCGGGCCCGGCCCUGGGCAGCAGCGCCCUGAGCUCCCCCGCGGCCGACUGCAGCCCCGGCCACGCCACCUUCUCCAACCCGUUGCUGCCGCUCAUGUCCGAGCAGUUCAAGGCCAAGUUUCCUUUCGGGGGCCUCUUGGACUCCGCGCAGGCCUCGGAGACGUCCAAGCUCCAGCAGCUGGUGGAGAACAUUGACAAGAAGGCCACCGACCCCAACGAGUGCAUCAUCUGCCACCGCGUGCUCAGCUGUCAGAGCGCCCUGAAGAUGCACUAUCGCACGCACACGGGGGAGCGGCCCUUCAAGUGCAAGAUCUGCGGCCGGGCCUUCACCACGAAAGGGAACCUCAAGACCCACUACAGCGUCCACCGUGCGAUGCCCCCGCUCAGAGUCCAGCACUCCUGCCCCAUCUGCCAGAAGAAGUUCACCAACGCCGUGGUCCUGCAGCAGCACAUCCGCAUGCACAUGGGGGGGCAGAUCCCCAACACCCCAGUCCCCGACAGCUACCCCGAGUCCAUGGAGUCCGACACAGGCUCCUUCGAUGAGAAAAAUCUCGACGACCUCGACAACUUCUCCGACGAGAACAUGGACGACUGUCCUGAGGGCAGCAUCCCCGACACGCCCAAGUCGGCCGACGCCUCCCAAGACAGCCUGUCGUCCUCGCCCUUGCCCCUCGAGAUGUCCAGCAUCGCCGCUUUGGAAAAUCAGAUGAAGAUGAUCAACGCCGGCCUGGCGGAGCAGCUGCAGGCCAGCCUGAAGUCGGUGGAGAACGGGUCGGUGGAAGGGGACGUGCUGACCAACGACUCGUCCUCGGUGGGGGGGGACAUGGAGAGCCAGAGCGCCGGCAGCCCGGCCAUCUCAGAGUCCACCUCCUCCAUGCAGGCGCUGUCCCCCUCCAACAGCACCCAGGACUUCCACAAGUCGCCCAGCGUGGACGAGAAGCCACAGAGAGCGGCCCCGAGCGAGUUUGCCAACGGCCUGUCCCCCGCCCCAGUCAACGGUGGGGCUCUGGACCUGACCUCCACCCACGCAGAGAAAAUCAUCAAAGAAGAUUCUUUGGGGAUCCUCUUCCCGUUCAGAGACCGGGGUAAAUUUAAAAAUACUGCUUGCGACAUUUGUGGCAAAACAUUUGCUUGUCAGAGUGCCUUGGACAUUCACUACAGAAGUCAUACCAAAGAGAGACCGUUUAUUUGCACAGUUUGCAAUCGUGGCUUUUCCACAAAGGGUAAUUUGAAGCAGCACAUGUUGACACAUCAGAUGCGAGAUCUCCCAUCACAGCUCUUCGAGCCCAGCUCCAACCUCGGCCCCAAUCAGAACUCGGCGGCCAUUCCCGCCAACUCACUGUCGUCUCUCAUCAAGACAGAGGUCAACGGCUUCGUGCAUUUCACUCCUCAGGACGGUAAGGACCCCCCCGCCAGCCAGGUCCCCCCGGGGCCUCUGUCAUCCUCCGCCACGUCCCCGGUUCUGCUCCCGGCCCUGCCCCGGAGAACUCCCAAACAGCACUACUGCAACACGUGUGGCAAGACCUUCUCCUCGUCCAGCGCCCUGCAGAUUCACGAGAGAACUCACACUGGAGAGAAACCCUUUGCUUGCACUAUUUGUGGAAGAGCGUUCACAACAAAAGGCAAUCUUAAGGUACACAUGGGCACACACAUGUGGAAUAGCGCCCCCGCGCGGCGGGGGCGGCGGCUCUCUGUGGACGGCCCGAUGACAUUUCUAGGAGGCAACCCCGUCAAGUUCCCAGAAAUGUUCCAGAAGGAUUUGGCAGCCAGGUCAGGAAGUGGGGAUCCUUCCAGUUUCUGGAAUCAGUAUGCAGCCGCGCUCUCCAACGGGCUGGCCAUGAAGGCGAAUGAGAUCUCCGUCAUUCAGAAUGGUGGCGUCCCUCCAAUUCCUGAAAGCCUCGGCACCGGGAGCAGCUCACCUAUUAGUGGGCUGACGGGAAACCUGGAGAAGCUCCAGAACUCGGAGCCCAGCGCUCCUCUGGCUGGCCUGGAGAAAAUGGCAAAUAGCGAGAACGGAACCAACUUCCGUUUCACCCGCUUCGUGGAGGACAGCAAGGAGAUCGUCACAAGUUAAAGCGGUUCUGGCCUGACACAGAGCAUUCCUGUUCCAUCAAGGCCCCGGGUGACCGCUUCCUCCUCGCCCCCUUUCCGCUCCCUUCUUCUGCCCCCAGAUGUAUGGACUACAUUAUGAAGACGUUCUUUUGUACCUUGUUCAACUUCUAGAGUUCUAAGAAAGCUUA